UAACAACAAUUCACAGAGGACAACCGGGCAGCCUUGACGCUUUUCGAAAUGGACCGCACCCGCUGCCAAUUUCCCGUGGAAUAAUUUAUAUUCAUUUCAUCGCUCGCUAAACUUUGGGACGCUUUAUUUUUAUUUUAUUUUUUCAUCUGUACUUCAGUCGCUCAGCUUCCCGCAUGCCCCAACAAACCGAGGGGGGUUGGGGCUAAUAACACCGCUAGCUUGCUAAUAUGACUUGCUGUAUGUUCUUAUCUCGGACGUCAUUUUUCAUGACCCACUCGACGUGAACUCGCUUCAAAUCCGCCUAGUCUAACGGGUGCUUUUUUUUGGCAAAGAAGACUUAUCUUAGCGCCGCACUGCCCUCUCGACCACUCCUGGAAAAGUGUUGCAAAGUUUUACGCGUCAUCUCAUUCGGUCCGCCGCCGUGUACGGUGUAGUCCUGUGGCUCCCUUAGCGUAAACAGCGACUUUGUCCUCGUGUUUGUGCACUUUUCGCCUCGUCCCCACGCGCGGCUAGCUCCUCGUUAGCAUGCUUGUUGACGGGGCCUGGUCUCAUGCUGACAACCGCAGGUGAAAACAAAAGGUUUAGCAUGCUAGCUCGCUGUCCAUCUGCUUUUUUUACUGCCUCGGCUUCUUUGUGCUUCAACAUCACCUCUGGCUUCCCCACUUUCUACGUGUUCUGUACUGUUAUAUUGAAAGGACUGAUGACAGAACAUCCUGUCCUGCUGUUUCAUGCAUAGUAGGAUUGCCAUUGGGUGUCUACACCCAUGAGGAACUUCUCCAAAAAGUGUUCACAAGUUGCUCAAGAACACUUAAAGAUAACGUGGCUUCAUAUCCACAGAUAAGAGGCCUUUUUAAGUGGAGGACUUGAGUCGAUCUGAACCUUCUUGUGACAUAGCAAACUGCGAGACCCCUGCCAUGUCAGAGACCCUGAUAACAGGCCACACGUCAGAGGAUCUAUUGACUGUCUUUGAAACUGUGCUUAACUCUGGAGGUGUCGGUUCGAGUCAAGACCACCAGAUAGUCAUCAUCACCAGCCCCAGCAAUGAGGGGAUCCACCCGGAUGGUGCCCCGUCCAGCACGGGAGAAAUCCUGCUGUUUGCCACCCCGCAGGGGUCUGCUGAUGUGGCCUUGGAAGACAAGAGAAAGCCGGUUCUGGGAAGACCCUCGGUUAAGAGGAAGUUGGACCUGGACAGUGACCAUCAGUACGUUAGCACGACACGGCCAUCUUCAGGAUAUGCGCCACCUUCCACUCCUGCCCCUCCUAGAGUUCCUCGAGCCAUUACGGAGAAGUCUCGCUAUGACACCUCAUUGAACCUUACCACCAAGCGCUUUCUGGACCUCCUGUCUCAGUCAGCUGAUGGUGUGGUAGACCUCAACUGGGCCUCGCAGGUCCUGGAUGUCCAGAAGCGACGCCUUUACGACAUUACCAAUGUUCUGGAAGGGAUCCAGCUCAUUUCCAAAAAGUCCAAGAACCACAUCCAGUGGCUCGGGAGCCGUGUCGAUGGGGCCUCUGUCGCCCUCCACCAGGAGCUGCGGAUGGAGGUGUGCCAACUCACUGCCGCUGAGGAGCAGCUGGACAAGCUCAUCUCCAGAUGCAAUCUCCAGCUGAGGUUGCUCACAGAGGAGCCACAGAGCAAAAGAUUGGGCUACGUGCUCUGUCAGGACUUGAGGACGUCAUUUGACUCCCCAGACCAGUUAGUCAUGGUGAUCAGAGCUCCACCAGAGACCCAAAUGCAAGUCACGGACCCCAGCGAGGGGUACCAGGUUUCGCUGAAGAGCACGCGUGGUCCCAUUGAUGUCUUCCUCUGCCCGGAUAACACCUCUGGUGUUUGCAGCCCCGUGACGGGAAGUAGUCCCUCAAAAACGAGCGCCGACCCCAGCUGUUUGACACCAAGCAAGGACAGGCGCUUUGCAGCGGCUUUGCAAGUGGCUUUAUCUUCCCCUGUGUCUACGUCGUCCACGGUGACUGCAGCCUCUCAGCCAGAAUGUGCGUCGCUGUUGUUAGGUGGUGAAACAGAAUCCCUUAUGGGUGUAGACCCAUUCUCAGGCCUGGAUGACAUGGCUGAUUUCGACUUCUCUACGGACUUCCUUCACGGAGAGAGUUUCCCUCUCCCAUUGGACGGUUUCAUCAAUGUAUCCCCCCCUCACAGCCCGGACUACCACUUCGGCCUGGAGGACGACACGGGGGUCUCUGAACUCUUCGACUGUGACUUCGGUGACCUGUCAAAGGUUUUGGGGGAGAGUUAGAGGUGGGUGGGGGAUGGCAUUGCGCACAAAUAUUUGUGGUUUAAUGGACCGGACCCUCAGAAGUUUCAUAUUUUGAGCUGUUCAAAUCGACAGGAAAUCUGGAAAUGCAACGCAGGUAAUAUUUUUAAGUAGCAUUUUGUUAUAACAAGAUGUUUUGAAUAGUUAUUUAUAUAUUUUUUUAAAUCCCUUUGUCAAAAUACAUCUUCAAUAAGAUGACACCACCCUGCUCCAUUAAAAAAAAAAAAAAAAACAACUCGCGGUUUAAAAGAUGAUAUGGAAAUGUUCGUUUGCCAUUGUGGUCCUAAUAUCAUUUUUAAUCCGCUAAUGGACAUUUCAAAGCUCCAAGGGUCAACUGUUGUGCUUUUUCAGACAAUGGGCCUUUCGCAAAAAGCUCCGCUCACUCCCUUAUUGUUGCUAGUCCGUCAAGCCUCUCGACUCCAACAGCACAAACCAUGACAAUAAGACUUAUACGGAAGUGUAUUUAUUUUGAAGUAAAAAAGGAGUUACAAUACAUAGUGGAGGGUUAUAUUAAAAAUAUAAACAAUUUGUAGCAAAGGGGAAACUACAGCUAUUGAGGCAAAUGCAUGCAGUUUUAACACAUGUACAGUAAGGGAUACUCUAGUAUGGGGUGUAUUUUCACAAAAUGAUACAGAAGAAAAAAAUUUUAAGGCAGUUAUUGUGUUUACGUAAAUUGAGGAAGCCUCGCUUUAAUGUUAACAGCACUCAGAACUGAGACCAAUGUAACUGCUAACGAAGACCUGAAGUUAAUUUUUGCUAAUAACUCAGCUGAACUUAGACAUUAUAGUGUUAAAAUCCUAGUAAUACAUACCAUAUUGCACCAACCAAAAAAUGCGCAAUGAGGAGUAAAAAAAACAUACGUUGCACCGGAGUAUAAGUCGCAUUUUGGGGAGGUUAUUUUACUUACCGCAAUUUUCGCAUCAUAAGGCGCACCUAACUAUAAGCCGCCACCCACCAAAUGUGACACGAAAACGGCAUUUGUUCAUAGAUAAGCCGUACUGGACUAUAAGCCGCAGCUGUUGUCACUGUAUUAUGGGAUAUUUACACCAAAAGAUAUUUGCCGGUAACACUUCAUUAGACAGCGGCAUCAUAUGACGGGUCAGAAGACCAAAUGAACCACCAUGAAGCUUUUAACCAAUUGGCUGCAAAGCUUCUUUGCUUCAUGAAGCUUCAUUUGGCCACCAUGGGGGAGACAGUCAACCUUUUUUGCCACCUGCUAUCAACACUGUUGUUGUCCAACAUGCCUCCUAGCAUGCAUUGCAGCACAACAGAUGUAAAUAACAAUCCAAAUUCAUGUUCUGUGCUAAUUAUUUAUUCAGUUACUAUUCCUGUUGUCUAAUUAAUUGCUAGUUAGGGUAUUUGGUAACACUUUAUUUGACAGUGGCGCAAUAAGACAAUUGUCAUUAGACAAUUAGACAUAAUUAUGACAUGACACUGUCAUGAGCAUUAACGAAUGCUUAUGAUAGUUAUCAUUCAGUUUUAUUCGGCAAAUGAUCUCACUUUUGAAUGGAUGUAAAAGAUCCUAGCUGGACAUAAAUAGUUGGUAACAUAAUUUGCUGGUUGACACUUAAUGACAUCUGUCAUAAGCAUUCAGUAAUGCCCAUGAUUGUGUCAUGUCAUAAUUAUGAUGGUUUUAUGACAGUCUUAUGAUGCCGCUGUCAAAUAAAGUGUUACCAAAUACGAUAAUAAGCAAUUAAUGAAACAACUGGAACAGUAAAUGAAUACAUAAUUAGCACAGAAUAUAAAUUUUGAUUGUUACUUAAACAUCUGUAGUCCUGCAAUGCAUGCUGAAUUGUGAUUGUUACUUACAUCUGUAGUGCUGUAGUGCAUGCUAGGAGGCAUGUGUUGCCUAUUAACACAAAUAAAUUAACAAAUAAGCCGCACUGGACUAUAAGCAGCAGGAUUCAAAAUGAGAAAAAAAAGUAGCGGCUUAAUGUCCGGAAAUUAUGGUAUUAUCAGAGACGAAGUGCAAACAAUAUACAUUAUAGUAGUAUUAAAAUGGAGAAAAAAGUGCUAAAUAGGUAUCUGUUGACAUAUUAAGUUAUUCAGAUCACACUAAACAUAAAAUUGAAUUUUACUGCCUCGAGUAUUCGUUUAAUUAAAAUGCCGUUGUAAUGGUUUGUUUUGAAAGUGUAUUGUUUUAUUGAUUUGGCUGUAUACACUGCCCUCUAGCGGCAACAGUGAAUAUGACAUGACUCAUUUCACAUAGCUGAGUCCAGCUGCUCCCUGUUUAGACCAACAUAAGCUAAGUGUUUGUUUGAGCUAAUGUUUUUUAAUGCAUUCGUAAUUGUUAAUGUGUAUAUUUAGCUGCUUUUUGUGGGAAUAUGUGGUUGAACCAUCUGUUAAGAGCAUUGUGGGGGAAAAAAAAAAAAAGUUAGCAUUUUAUCACAUUUAAGCUAGCGGACUUUCGCUAUGUAAGUUAGCCAAUUGUUCUUUUGUUGUACUUGAAUCAUCAUUUAUUUUUGUAUACCGUUUGAGGCUCAGCUCAGGUUUUUAAAAUUUUUAUUUAAUGUUCCUUAUCCGAUUAUUCGAACUAACUAGUUCUUCAAUUAAUCAACUACUAAAAUAAUCGAUAGCUGCAGCCCUAAAACAAAACAAGCUCUAUUUCACUCCAAAUCACUACCAAAUCCAUUUAAGUCUUCAUCUUCAGUACCACUUUUUAAAAAAUUGCACAAAUUCAAAGUAGUGGGCGCGCCUCGAGUAUAAGUAUCAGACCCAGCCAAACUAUGAAAAAAGGAACUUAUACUCCGGAAAAUACGGAAAUGUAUGAUUUUUAUAAAUGUUUUUGCCUCUACUAAAGCAAGUUUAGCAAAACAGCUAGCUAGACUUUUGACGUUGUGGAGACUUUUAGCUGGGAGUGAGGCAGUCCACACUGGGAAGGGAAAGAACCGCACGCCCCCAGAUAAACUCCUGGGGUACUUUGUGUCUGAUUUAAAUGCCCCAUUUUGAUGUCCGCAGCUUGUUGAUGUUUUUCGACUUCUUUCCUAAAAUUUUAUGGUCGUUGGCGGUCUUGUAAGGCUUAAAGUAACCAUUAAAAGGCAUGCGUAGAGCUUGACAGACAAUCCUUGCUUAACAACGGUUGCUAGGACGUAUCAAUGGUCGUUUAGGGGGGCGGAGUUUAUGAAAGGUCCAUUGUGCACAGUGUUCCAUCGCGGUGUUUUGAGUAUUUUGACGUGAUUCUAAUGGGGGAAAAAAAUCACCCCAAAAUUAUACAGCGCUUCUUUUCUAGGCUUUAGCUUGGGUGUAGCUAUAUUUAAAUUAUUUAUGUAUGUGUACAGAUGAAUUUUUAGUUAGGGUUUUAGCGCGUUGGAUGGCACGUGUAAGUGAUUUCUGAGUUUGGAUUCACAUUGGGCUUUGUAGAACCCUGAUAGUGGAAGGUGGUGCCGCGGUUUAUCGCUCUAGUCCAGGGGUUCCCAAACUGUUCCACAUCAGGCUGCUGUGGGUGCUGGAUUUCUUUCCAACAAAACAGGAAGACACAUUUGUACCAAUCUGGUGUUUUACGAGUGUAAUCAGUUGGUUGUAGUCAGGUGCUGCUUGUUUUAGCAGAAACCUCAUUGGUUAAACUGUCUGUGCUCGAUCAGUAGGAACAAAAACCAGGACCCACAGGGGUCCUUGAGGACCGGUUUGGGAACCACUGCUCUAGUGGGUGUUAAGAAGUGUUGAUCAAAUAAUUAGUUGAUAUUUGCAGUGCUGUCAACUGAUUUAUCCUCACCCUGGGUAACCUCAGUUUUGAGAUGCGUUUGAUGGAAACGGUGCGUGCUUGCUGGUUUAGCUAAGGUUAAAUGGUCCCAGAAGGUUUGGUCACAAUGAAGCCUCACAGCGUUCAGUGGUUGUUAUUUUUUUAUGUUUUCAAGUGCACUUAAACAUGUCAAUUCAUGUUGAUUUCUAAAUCGUUGAAGUUGUAAACACAAGGGGACGUCUUAUCAUAAGUCCAUUAAUCAAUACUCACAUGUCAGUUCAUUUACUGUACACUUAUCUAAGUACAACACCAUUGAUUGUGUUAAAAUAGAGCAAUAACAUGUUUUCUACUGGGAUUUUGGUCUUCUUGCAAAUACAGGUAGUCCCCGGGUUACGACGUACUUACUCGAUUUCGACUUUACGACACCGGAGUCUCGUCAUUUUGUCCCCAGUCUUUUUUUGUUGUUGUUGUAGUCUCACAAACGGUACGUAAUUGUACCUCCCAGUAUCUUAUUUUAUUUACUUCACUUUAUUAACAUGACUUGUUCUGUCCUCACUAAAAAUGAAGUUGCUCAGGUUGACAGACGCCAAACAAAGCAAUUGUGCUUUUUGAAGCUUUUUACUUACUUCACUUUUGACAAUUUGAAAAGCUGUAACACAGAUAUGUAGACGUCUGUCUAAAACAUGCAUUUUAACAAUAAAACAUUCGACACAAAACGAUUGGUGUUCAAACGUUCAUCUAGUCUGAUCAAUUUGUCAAUUUAGUUAAUUAGUCUAAUUUGCUUCACUAAAGUCAGCUAGCUUAAAUGCUACGAAUGCCAACGGAGUUCUCAUAGCAAAUCGCUAGGGUUGGGCAUCGUAUGAAAUUGAAUGAUUCCAGUUCCGAUACUUUUAAGAGGCAGGGUCAAAAAAAAAAAAAAUUUUUAAAUUUGCAUGGUUUAUAUUAGUCUUCUCAAUGAGUUUUUUUUAAAAUUACAUGAACUUCUCACAGAGCUAAUUUUAACUUGUAUAUAAAUAUCAGUCUUUGAACUUGAGCAAUUUUUUUCCGGCUCGGCGGUCAGGGCAUCAAAACAUGGAAUCGAAAUGUAAAAAUUCGAACGAUUCCGGGAGCAUCGGAGUGAUAGAACAGGUUCGCGUCGAUGCUCGAUGCCCAACCCUACAAAUCGCUCACUUGUAACUCCACAAACUGUAGCUAUAAACUUUAUUACAAAUGCAUACACAAACGUAUAUUAGCUGGGGCAACUUUCAGCCUCACGUGGGCCAAACCAAAGCCGAUGCGAAACGACUCCUGUAUGGAAGCAUUUUUAAAUGACAGUCCAGCCAGACCCAGCGCUGCCACCAGAGGGCGGUGUAUCCUCCACUAUUAAACAAAAUACAAUACUUUUUGACUUUCGGAUAGUUAUUUUAAAUUUUAAAGGGUUUAUUCCGACUUACGCGGAAAUUCGGGUUACGUCACUAGCGUAGGAACGGAACUCGUUCAUAACCUGGGGAUUACCUGUAGUGGGAACCGAUUUUAGCGCCAAUACCUAUUCCUGAAUGUGUUUGCAACCCGUUUUGUGAGCUUUUUUCUUUGGGCAGUGGCAUGCGAAAUGAAAAUUAGUUAGCUUUUAUUGCAGUGUUUGAUUUUAUAUUUAUUAUAUUUUCAGAUUGUAGAGAAGUGGUUCAGGUCUUGCUACCAGGAAGGGAAUGAUCCAAGAAUUUUAUUUCCUGAAUUUUGUUUGUUGGUGUAUUUAAUUUUGCGUAUCUGCUAGUGAUGGCAAAAAUGUCCUCAAAUGUGUAUUUUUACUUCCUUCGUCACUUGCAUCACUUUAAUUUAUAGAUAUUUUAUCAACAUCUCUCAUUUAAGAUGUGUUUGGGUGUCUUUGAUUGUCCUUUAAAAAGCAGCUUUUUCUCACUGACAUUACGUAAGUAUGAUGGUUAUCAAUUGUAAACAAGUGCGUACACACACGUGAUUCGCAAGCAUGUUUUUAAACUGUUCGAGCUGUCAAAUCACGUUUUACUGUCGGGAUUCUGAAGUUUUGUUUGGAAUAUGUCGAAAUUGUUUUUGAAAAUGUAUACUUAAGGAACAAAAAAAUUCGUACGACGGGAAGAAAGCACAAAUGACCAAUUACAGUUAAGCCCUGCCUAUUCAAUUUUCUUGCCAUUUUUUCCCUCUACGACAUUCUUAAAAUGAAUUUAUUGGAGGUUACAAGAGUCUUUGCAUUGUGCAAAAUCCCAUGGAAGCUGUUUUUAAAGUUAAUGUGGGGGGGAGGCAACUGUUCUAAUACGAGUUUAAACCAGAU